UCAUCAACAUAUCACGUCAGCAUCGAAGUCGAAGCAACCAAGAUUUCAAACUUUUUCACAAAACCUCUUCAGCCUCUCCGGCAUCCGCAGUGGCCAAAGCCGAAAUAAUGCUUUUAUACUUUGCUCUGCUCACCGUUCAGGUCCAUCCAUCGUAUUUCCAUUAGGUUAGUGAGUCGCUUUCUUGGAUUUUAUCUGAAAAUGUCGACUCUCGAGAAGCUAUUCGUCCAGAUAUUUGAGCGCAAGAACUGGAUCAUAGAUCAGGUCAAGCAGCAGAGAGAUUUAUACGAGCAGCAACUCGCUUCGAAACUGUUAAUUAAGGGUAUUCGCCCUCCUUUGUGGCUGUGGAACGAUGGAACAGAGACUGGAACUGCAGAUCUCACAGAACUGAAGAAACAAGACCUAAUCUGUGGCCUUCUAAUUCCACCAUCACGAUCCAAGGUCCCUUCUACUGGUGAUCACUGCACCUUUUACAGCAAGACAGCUGCUAAGUCAUAUAAUGAGCCUACUUCAGACAGCAUAUUUCUGGAAACUUGUGCUUCCAACAAAUAUUUUGACGUAGGGGCCAGGUUGACACUGGUACCUAACUGUCAUCUCAAUGAAAAUGAGAUUGCCCAGAAGUGUUCCUUAAAUAGGACUUGUGAGCUAGAUCCUGCAAUUGCUUCUCCUCAAGAUCAGACAAGUGUAAGGGCCUCUGAUAAUUCCUUUGAACCAGGUCAAUCUGAGAUUGCCCAGAAGUGUAUCUCAAAUAGGGCUUGUGAGCUAGAUCCUACAAUUGCUUCUCCUCAAGAUCAGACAAGUGUAAGGGCUUCUGAUAAUUCCUUUGAACCAGGUCAAUCAUUGGCAAGGAUCCAAAGGUCCAGGCCAAGACAAAAGGCUUUAGAACUUCGAAAUAGUGGGAAAGCAAAAUCAGAAAGGCCUUCGAGCAAGGUAGGUAAUUGUAGUGUUUAUUCUGGUAGAGUUACAAGGUUUAGAACUGCUUGCCAACAACCUAACACUGUCAAAGAGUUGCUGGAAUUGAAUAAGGCCUCUGAUAUCGCUGAUGAUGAGGGUGGUGGGGCGGCACAAACAAAAACAGAGAAGUGUCCAAGCAGUGGAAAUGACACCACUGUUCAUUCUGGUAGACUUGCAAGUUCGGGGAUUUCUUGCAAACUAAGUGUCCAGGAGUUAGUGGAAAUGGGUAACUAUUCUGAUAUUGCCUGUGAAGGUCCUGAUAGAGUGCCAGGUUUUAGUCCUGCCUCCCUGCAGAUGAGUUAUUUUGGCAAAUCAUUGCAGGCACAUGGAGCCUUACGUCAAUUUGAGGGAGAUAAUAACUUCCAGGAUGCACGGGCUGUUCAAGUGACCGUACAGAAGUUUGAUUCAGGGCAAAAGGUUAAAAAAUCAAGUGAUCGCUUGCAAACAAAUCCGAGAAUGCUUCAAAGCAAUAGAGACAUUUCAAACAGAUACACAGCUAGAAAUGCAGCAUCUAGUAUUCUGGAGUUCAAUUAUGCUGAAGGGUUCCCAAAAGCUAAUGACUCAAAAAAUACAAGUGCUAGACGUACACGGUCUAGAUCUGUUUCCUGUGAUGAACCGUCUCAAAUUGCAAAACAAUUAAAGUUGGUUGAAGGACAUGACCUCAAGGAAUCAGGUAGUCAAGUGGAUAUCCUCCCAUGUAGUGAUGCUAAAGGUAUUGUCAACCAGGAAAAGUGGAAUGUUGACAUUGCAGAAACUGAUCCAGGAAUGCUUUCAAGCAAUGGAGACAUCUCAAUCAGAUACACAGCUAGAAAUGCAGCAUCUAGUACUCUGGAGUUCAAUUAUGCCAAAGGGUUCUCAGAAGCUAAUGACUUAAAAAAUACAAGUGCUAGACGUACACGGUCUAGAUCUGUUUCCUGUGAUGAACCUUCUCAAAUUGCAAAACAAUUAAAGUUGGUUGAAGGACAUGACCUUAAGGAAUCAGGUAGUCAAGUGGAUAUCCUCCCAUGUAGUGAUGCCAAAGGUAUUGUCAACCAGGAAAAGUGGAAUGUUGACAUUGCAGAAACUGAUCGUGUUUCAAAUGGGCCAGUUGAAGCCUGUUCUUUUCUACGGUUGAACUGUGCUGCAGGAUCCUUACAGUUCAAUAACUCCUCAAAAAUUACCAGUGGUAGAGUUACAUGCUCUAAAUCUGACUCCACUGAUAAUCCUUGUCAACUUGCAGAACCAUUAAAUUGGGUUGAAGGAAGCAACCUCCAGAAAGCAUCAGAAGCUCAAGUGGAUAUCCAGCCAUGCAGUGAUGAUGACCCUGAAAUUGUCAACGAGGAAAAUAUCAUUGUAGGAACCAAGCAUGUUUCAAGUGUGCCAGCUCUACCCUGUUCUAUUUACUCUCAGUCUAACAUGCAUGGAGGAAGCCAUAGAGAUGGAUUGGAAUUUUUACUCAAAAGGCUACCCUCUGAGAGUAGUAUGCUUUUGGAGCCAAAGCAGCUUGUCUUUAAUGAUGUGGAAGUGUUCAAUUUGAAUGAGGGUGUUGAUCCUAUGGAAAAGGGGAUUCAAGGGAGACCUUUAGAAAUAAGAUCCUUUUCCUCAUUAGGGCCUGCUGAAUCUUUAGAAAAGGUAGCCAUUUCUGAUGUGUUCCAACAAAAAUGUGAUACAUCCAUGGAUGAGCUCCUGGUGCAGAAGGAACUGGCGAAGGAAGUUGUAAAUAGAGAAAAGGAAGCUCAAAGAGCUUAUUCUGAAGCCGAAGCAGAGAAAUCCACAUGUGACUAUUACACUACAUCAAUUGGAAAAACUUCAAAAUCUCCUGCUAUGCCAUCUAGGAAUGCAGCAUCUAAGUUUUAUGAAGAUGCAGUUCCUGAUAAAUCUCCUGAAAUCAACAAAACCCCAAGUCAGAUUCCUUACUUAACAGAUGAUCUAGUUACCCGGCAAGUUGGCGAGAAAAGUCCAACUAGAAUGGCGGAUUCCAGUUUGCCUGGUGUAGAUGUGGAUCCACAGGCAGAUAGAUCUGGCAAGAAAUAUAAUUCAAAGCUUGAUAUUGGGCCUGGUAAGAUAUUUCCAGAAGAUUGCAAACUUGGAAAUGAUGCAACUAGAAGUUUUCUCUGCCAGAUGGCAGCAGGAGACAGUCCUCAAAUGGGCAACACAGGAACAAAACCUCCUUACUGCCUAAGGAGCUCUAACAGUCAUGAUAAGAGUGUUGGUUCUUCUAAAUUAAGUGAUUCUCUUAUUGCAAAGAAAUCCAUGAUAUCAACCAAAACCAAGAAGAAUGCUGUUGAGUGUUCAUGGCCUCAGUCUAAGCGGAGAAAAGUUGAGGGUCGAGCAAGUGAUGCCUUUACUGCUUCUGUUAGGUUAAGGAGGGGGAAACAACUUCAGGAGAUUAAUGAGGAGACUGAAUAUCGAUACCUGGAAAAGGUAGAAAAUGGGGUUGAGGCUAUCUCAGAGGUUCAGCAUUUCACUCCUUGUGAAAUGAACAUUGCUCAACCAAACGCUGUGGAGAGUCCUGAUGUUCAAAUGCAUGAGAAGGAAAGUUUUCACAAGGUAGAGUGUUUGGAAUCUCCAACCAAGUUGCACAUCAAAGAGGAUGAGCUUUUCUUGGAAGGGAGAGAUCACAGUGCAGAGACAACCUUGACAUGUAAUGACAAACAUGUGUUGUCUUCUCUUGAAGACCAUGGUUCACUUUCGUAUUGUCUAGUUAGCUCCGCACAGACCCAGGUUGUUGACUUGAUCAGUGCUAAUCAAACAAUGCCUGAAUUUAAGGAACCCAGUAUGGGUGAACCUAUAGAGAAUGAUCCGCCAUGCAUUGCCAAAAAUGGAAGUGGAUUUGAUCAUUCAGAUCUUCUAAGCACCUCAAUUGGACAGGAUAAUAUUCUGGAACAGUUAUACAGGUCUUCUAGAAUGCUUACACCACUACCCCAUGCUUCAACAAAGUAUAAAGUGCACAGAACUCCAGAAAUAUACCAGUCCUUACCUAAUGGACUUCUGGAGCACAUGUACCUGAGGAAUUCUCUGCUCUUCGAUGCUGAUGAAAGUAAUGGGAUGAGUGCGGAAGUGGACCGCUGUUUUCUGGGGAGAUCGUACUCUGAUUGCAUGUCAUCUUCUAGUGUUCAAUUUAGUUGGGAUGUUAAGAGACCACCUUGUACGCCUCCAGUUAAAAAGCUCUGUCGGACAAUUACUGCAGCCUCCAAUGAUAGUUUGGAGAAGCAAGAGAAUAUAAACCCAGAGCUUACUUGCUUUAGGAUUGAGGAAGAUCCCAACGUUUGUGAGGAAAAUGAGGACAUGGAUGAGAUGGUUGAUCCAGUUAAUGAAGGAAUUCAGUCAAGGGGGAAGAAUUUCUCGACUAAAAAAGAACCACUUGCUGAUGUGACUAAUGAAUGUCUUAAGUCUUCUAUAUCUGUUUCUUUGGCUGAUAAGUCUGUUGAAAGAGGUAGCCUGGAUUCUGUUAGUGCAGGUUUUAAUACCUCUCAGACCCAAAUGGAUACCAAACAGAAGCUUCAAAGCUGCUAUGGAACUCUGAGAAAGUGUAUGAACAAAGAUAAGGAGAAUAAAUGGUCUUCGGUGGGUGGCAGCGGUUCUUCGAAGGCAACUGAAUAUCUUCAAACUCGGUUCAGCAAGCCAAAAUUACCAAGGAAAGUAAGUGAGGGCAAAGGAGGCCAGAGUUUAUUAGAGAAUGGGAGUAAGCGUAACAAUAUUGUUUCCAACAUCUCAUCAUUUAUUCCAUUUGUUCAACAAAAACAACCAGCUGCAGCUUUUACUGGAAAGAGGGAUAUUAAAGUGAAAGCUCUGGAGGCUGCUGAGGCUGCGAGACUUCUUGAAGAAAAAAGAGAGAAUGAACGUAAAAUGAAGAAAGAAGCAGUGAAGCGUGAGCGAGCAAAAUUGGAGCAGGAAAAUUUGAAGCAAUUAGAAUUGAAGCAGAAAAGGAAAGAAGAGGAACGGAAGAAGAAGGAAGCUGACUUGGUGGCAAGGAAAAGGCUGAGGGAAGAAGAAGAAAGGAAGGAGAAGGAAAGAAAGCGCAAGUGUAUUGAAGAAGCUAGACGGCAGCAGAGAGAACACGAGGAGAGAUUACGAGUUGAAAAAGAGGAAAAAGAGACAAGGCGCCGAGCUGCAGAUGAGAGGGAGCGCAAAGGAAAUGAGCGACCAGAUGAAGCAAGAAGGCCGAAGAAAAUGGGAAAAAGUAGGGAAGGAUCUGACUGUAGGAAAAAGACGGAAACAGAACUGACUGCCAUGGUUUCUGCAUGUGAAGCCAGAGAAGCUAGUGAUAUUCACCAAACUUGUCAGGCUCCAAAGAAGUCUGAUGAAAUGGAAAAGGAAAUUUGCAACUUAUAUAAGGCACGCGAAGAUGUUAUCUCAGUUACUGAAGGAAGUCUGGAGCAGUCAUAUGCAAUUUCUCCAUACCAAGGGUCAGAUGAUGAGGAGGAAGAAGAGGAUAUGCCCAAUCAGAAAUUUAUCCCUUCAUGGGCCAGUGAAAAUUGUCUGGCUCAAAUGUUACCUGCCUUAAAUAAGGUAGACCCAGAUGGAAUUUUCCCUGCAUCAAGCUUUUGCAGCAUUGCAGAAGUUCUCUUGCUUCGGAAACAACAGCUCAAAUAGGCGGCAAUUUUGACGAGGAUGGAGAGUUUCCUGCAUUAUGCAGACAAGAAUGGUAUAUCCACGGGGUGGUUUUGAGCGGUUAAGAACAAGAUGAAGAGGUAUUUAUCCUAGUUCAAUCGUAGUUAUUGGAUCUUCCUUGAAUGUUGGACUCUUGAGUUAAGUUGCUCCAGGUUGAUUAAUGGUUCAAACUGAGUUAACCCAGUUAUAUUGUCGAUAUUUUCAGUUUAGUCUUUUUUUCCUAUUUAUUUUCUUUUAAUGUAGUGCUUUCCUAUCUGGAUAGGUAAGUGGGUUAAAACGAGAAGUGGCUUCUGCCAGUUUAAUCCAGUUUUAAGUAAAGCUCGUCUUUAAAUGCAACUUGCGAUGCUUGGGUCAUUCCUGAGUUUUUUUUCCUGUAGGUCAGCCUGGUGUGGGAUCUAAUAAUGUUUUUUUAUGUCUGAGGAUCUUACAUUUCAUGCAUCUGCGUUAUCCAUUUUUCCUGUCACCGGUAUUUACUAUUGAUUUGGCCUGGUACUCUCUGAUCAGUAAUGAGAUGGCCACCUGCUGAAUCACUCUAUCUUCUUAGAGUCCAGGUAUGCUUUGAUCUGCUAGCCUCAAUUUGUAUCCUAAAUAGCAUUUUUAUAUGAACAAAAAAAAGGCCAUAAAGUUGUUUUCGCCCAUCUCCCUAGAGUCUAGUUUCUGCGUUAAUCUGCUU